CAGCCAGCCAGAGUUGGGGAAAGUGGGUGUGUCGGGGGCCGGGCAGAUCUUGGGGCUGGGGCAGUGCCUCUCCCAUGGCACGGGAACGCCUGGGCCCUCUCGUUUCCCACAGAUGAGCCGGAUGCUGCGGAGGUGGGGGGAGAGCAAGACCCCGGACCCCAGGCUGUGGUGAGGUCUCUCCCCGUGGCUGUGGGGACAGCGCCGGAGGAGCAGGACGCGGCAGGUUGCAGAAGGGGCAGGAGAAGCCCCAUGUCAUCCAGGCGAGGUGGGGCAGGCGCCCACCCUGGCGGUCUGCAAAAGGAGGCUGGACAAGCACCUGGCUGGGGGCCUCCGGCCCCCAAGCUCUUUCCUGCCUAGGGCGGGGGGUCGGACUCCAUCUGCUGAGGUCCCUUCUGACCCGAACAUCUCUGCAUCUAUGACCCCAGCAGUCUUUCCUGCCCACGAGCCCUAAACUGCUGUGAAUCUGUGUGGUCAGUACCACAGCAAGUAAAGCAGCAGCUGCAGGAGCUGGUCCAACACCGGGAGAUCCCCGGGCAGGAGGGGAAGCAGGCCAUGGAGCCCCGCUCUGUGGCCGAGCUGUCUUCGGCAACCCCACAGCCGGCACCGGGGGACAAUGUCCCCACCCUGGAGACGUGGCGCCGGCGCUUCCGGGGCCUCCCCUUCCAGGAGGAUGAGGCACCGUGGGAGGUUUGCAGCCGCCUGCGGGAGCUGUGCCGGGGCUGGCUGGAGCCCCAGCGCCGCAGCAAGGAGCAGAUGCUGGAGCUGGUGGUGCUGGAGCAGUUCCUGGCUGUCCUGCCCCGGGAGAUGCAGAGCUGGGCGUGGGGGCACGGCGUGGAGACCUGCACCGAGGCGGUGACUCUGGCCGAGGGGUUUCAGCUGGAGCCGGCAGAGGACAAGAAGCUCCAGGUGCCAGUAAAUGUGAUGGUGGAGGAGGUGUCUUCAGACGAGGUGCAGGAACCUGUUGAUUGCAAUGGGGAGCAGCCGAAGGCCCAUUCUGCAGACAUGCCUUUGGAGGAGGCAGGACAGACGGAAAUGCUAGGACCUCAGGACAAGCCACCUCUUGUCCCUGAGGAGCCGCUGCACUGCCAGGAGUCAGAUUUCCCCAAAACCAAGGAGACCUGGGAGUUGUCAGGAAAUGAAAGCUCCUCAAGCCGAUGCCCCAGACGAGGCCUUUCCCCAGAAGCAGCAGGUGCAGGGACCCUGACCAGAGCUGACCAGCUGCCUCCUGAGGAAGGGCCUGUAAAGCUGGAGCUGCAGAGGACUUCCCCGGGGAGACUGGGAAAGGGCGGCUCUCUAACGUUUGAGCUGGACCAAGUGUGGCCGCGGCAGGGCAGGCCUUCCAAGCAAAGGGGGAGCAUGGAGCUCUGGGAUGCCUUUGAGGACGUGGCCGUGUACUUCACCUGGGAGGAGUGGGCGCUGCUGGACGAUGGAGACAAGGCGCUUUACCGGGACCAGAUGCUGAGGAAUUACCAAGCCCUCGUUUCCCUGGGAUAUCGAGGUCCCACACCUGACUUAAUCUGCUGCAUCCAACAAGGAAAGGUGGAGCUCUGGGUCCGGGAUGGUGAGGCCCAUGGAGAAAUCUCUGGGUCGGAGGACCUGCUGCCAGGAGGUGCCUGGCUGCUGAGCAGAGCUGGGGAAGGGUCUGCAGACCUGGACCCACCAUGGAUGUGCCCAGGUAGAUCAGGACGGAGGGAACCCCCGAGACUGGAGAAGGACCGAUUGCAUAAGAGGCCAGGCGGGUCCCAAAAGAAGAGGGAGAAGGUGGUGGUGGACACGGUGCCGGGUCCAGCGGGGCACGAGAACGGAGCCGAGGCAAUGCCCAGCAAGACGUGGGGCUGCAGGGAGGAAUUUGAGAAGCUCAGAGAGAUGAAAAAUCCCAGGAGGAAGAUUCACCAGAAAGAGAGAUAUCAUCCAAACCUCACAGGCAGGGGGAGGGCAUAUGCACACCUACGUGUGCACAGGGAGAAGCGUCAGUACCGCUGUGUCACGUGUGGCCAGACCUUCACCCAGUUCUUCUCCCUGGCUCAGCACCGGCGCAUCCAUUUGGGGAGGAAGGCACACCGCUGCACCAAGUGCAGGAAGAAUUUAAUCUGCUGCAAAGACCUGUCCCAGCACCGGUGCUGGCAGAAGGGCGAGCAGCCACACCACUGCAACAUGUGUGGGAAGAGCUUCAGGCAUCCUUCCACCCUGGCCAGGCACAGGCGCGUGCACACACGGGAGCAGUCGCAUCAGUACUCUGAGUGCACUAAGACCGUCACCCACUCCUCCAGCCUGGCCAAACAUCAGGAUGUCCACAUAGGGGAGAAGCCACGCCAGUGCCCUGAUUCGGGGCAGAGCUUGACCUGCCCUUCCCACCUGGCCCAGCAGCAGCUCAUCCACACACGGGAGCAGCCACAUCAGUGCUCUGUGUGUGGGAAGAGCUUCAUUUACUCCUCCCACCUGGCCCGGCACCAGCUUAUCCACACCGGGGAAAAACCGCAUCAGUGCUUGGUGUGCGGGAAGUGUUUCACCUACUCCUUCAACCAGGCCCAGCACCAGCGCAUCCACACCGGGGAGAAGCCGUAUCAGUGCUCUGAGUGUGGGAAAAGCUUUACCCGCUCCUCCCACCUGGCCGAACAUGAGCGCAUCCACACUGGGGAGAAGCCGCAUCAGUGCCCCAAGUGUGGGAAGUGCUUCACCCUCUCCUCCAGCCUGGCCCAUCACCAGCGCAUCCACACAGGGCAGAAACCACAUCAGUGCUCCGUGUGUGGGAAAACCUUCGGCCACUCCUCCCACCUGGCCCACCAUCAGCGCAUCCACACCGGAGAGAAACCACACCGGUGCUCCGAGUGUGGGAAGCGCUUUACCCAGUCCUCGCACCUGGCCCAGCACCAGCGCAUCCACACCGGGGAGAAGCCGUAUCAGUGUCCUGAGUGUGGGAGGAGGUUUGGCCACUCUUCCCACCUGGCCCAGCACCAGCGCAUCCACACGGGAGAGAAGCCCCAUCGGUGCCCUGAGUGUGGGAAGAGCUUUGGCCAGUCCUCUGACCUGGCCCGGCACCAGCGUGUCCACACCGGGGAGAAACCACAUCAGUGCUCGGAGUGUGGGAAGAGCUUCACCCAGUCCUCCAGCCUGGCCCGGCACCAGUGCAUCCACACCCAGGAGCAUCCAUAACUCUUCCAGGGCUUGUGGAUGUCUAGCUCCUCAGCACCCCCCACCUCCAAGCCUCAUGGGUCAACUGCAGAAAGAGUUCACCCAACUUUUGACCCUUGCAGGGCACUGUGGAUCCUAAAGGACCCAGAGGCUGUCCCCCAAGUUGUAACUGGGAGGGAGGGGUUACGAGGAAACACUGGAGACAGAGGCCAGCCCAGAUGCUGGGGGAAUCGGUAAGGAGAUGAUCUCUGUGUCAUCCUUCCCAUCAUUCUCCAAAAGCAGUCCGUGCUCCCAGACAGAGAAGUGCCUGCAUAGUACAAUUGCCUGCACAGGAGAGCCGGUUGCAAGUGGCAAACAGGACAGCUGUCCUUGGCCACCUCCAAGCUUUGGCUUCUCUCCUGGUCCCAGGUUCUGCUCUGGAGCUGCAGGAAGGAGGAUAUUUAUGGCUGGGGAAGCAUUCCCUGCCCUCGCCUUUCCUCACCCCCACAUCACCCCUCUCCCAGGCCUGCUUAUGCCCAUCAGGUGUCUGCAAGGAACGGCUACUGCCACCUCCUGAGGCCAGUUUGGCAAGUUUUGCUCUUCAGCCUCCCUGCAGAACUGUGCACCAGCGGGUGUCUGCUACUCGCCCUGCCCUCCUCCCCUUCCUUGCCUUCUCUGUAAUGCAUCGUCUUCUAGGAAAGCCCCAGAACUGCACGUGAUAUUCCCUGUGGUUGGUCCCCAUGUCCUCUCCAGAGCUAUGAAAUCUGAAAAGACCAGAACCCUUUCCAGAUAUCUCUGCAAGUCCCCAGCCCCUUCCUUUUCCAGAGGAUUCACUUUAAUUCAGGGGUUGUUGCUAACCCUUGGCAGCAGGAGUUGGUCACGCUCGAGGCAUUGCACCCAUGUACUGCUCUGCAGCAAGGACCCUGCACUUUUGAAGCAACCUUUCCCAGGAGGGAGUAGAGGUCCUUUUCUGGGUGUUGAAAAAGGUGCAAGGGUGGGGAAAGCACGAGGACAUCCUCUGGAUGAAAUUCUGCAGUUUCCCUUUAUGAGUACCGAGGCCCCCGUACAAAAGCAAUUUGGCUCCGUGAUUGUCCUGUAGGGGCUACUCAGAGAGGUGAAUAACCCAUCACUGGGCAUCCUCAGUCAUUUCUUGUUAGGAUGGCUGAAUGGUUUUGGGUGUUCUGGUCUCUGAUGGAGGCCUGGGUUCAAAUCCCCCUCCUGACAAUACUUUAGGCUUGUGACUGAAGGGCCUGAGUGGUGAGCUGGGACCCUAAAGGCUAGCAGUUCAAGUUUGGGUGCUAGGAAGUGAUCUUAAGUCUCAAUUGAUGGCCGUGGCUGGACCCAAUGAUCUCACAAGGUCCCUUCUAGCCCUAAGCUUCUGUGAAUCUUCUUCAUAAUUGUUCCCUCUGCUCACCACCCCCACUUUCCCUACAGUACAGUGUUUAAGAAAAUAACCUAUUGACUUUUG